AUGGUUAACUUUGCCGUCAUCGCCACCACUCUGGUGGGCACGCUGCUGCUGCCGGGAGCCGUGCUGGGUGCACCCGUCGACCCUGUCGACCACAGCAUCACCGACCGUUACAUCGUCACGCUCAAGCCCGGCGUCACCAUGGAGAGGCGCGAUGCCCACCUGGACCGCGUGGCCAGUCUGCACAAGCGUAGCCUGGGCCGCCGUGAUCUGCCCGGCACCGAGAGCACGGUAGACAUUGAGGAGUUUCAUGCCUACUAUGGCAAGUUUGACGACGCUACGGUUGAGGAGAUCAAGAGGGACCCAGAUGUCGCCGCUGUGGAACCCGACCAGAUCUGGACCACGUCGGCCGAGGUGACGCAGAACGGCUCGACUUGGGGACUCGCCGCCGUCUCGCACCACAAUGCCGGCUUCGACUCGUACAUCUACGACGACACGGUCACUGGCGCCGAUAUGUACGCGUACGUCAUCGACAGCGGUAUCAACAUUAACCACGUUGACUUCGGCGGCCGGGCGGUGCGCGGCUACAACGCCUGGGGAGGCGUGCACACCGAUGUUAGCGGUCACGGGACGCACGUUGCCGGCACCAUCGGCAGCAAGACGUACGGUGUUUUCAAGGACGUGAACCUGAUCGACGUCAAGGUGUUGAGCGGCAGUUCAACCACGACGGCCGUGGUCCUGGAGGCUUACACGUGGUCUGUCAACGACAUCCUGGCCAAAAGCCGAACGGCCAAGUCAGUCAUCAACAUGUCGCUUAGUGCUCGCAAUUCUGAUGCCUACAGCGGCGCUAUCGCCGCCGCAUACAAUGCAGGCGUACUGAGCGUCGUGGCUGCCGGAAAUGACAACCUGCCGUCGUCUACUCGCUCGCCCGGAUCCGCCCCCGAGGCCAUCACGGUGGGCGCCAUUGCUUCGGACUGGACCGAGGCCGAGUACUCCAACUACGGCCCGUCGGUCGACGUCCUGGCCCCGGGUUCCCAUGUCCUGUCGACGUACAUAGGCACUAACACAGCGACCUUCUCCAUGUCGGGCACGUCGUCGGCUACUCCCCAUGUGGCCGGACUGGCGCUGUAUCUGAUGGCACGUGAUGGUGUGUCGAGUCCCGCGGCCGUGGCUGAUCGAAUCAAGGAGCUGGCCACUCCGAAUGCCGCAACGCUGCGCAACGCUGACACGCCGAACCUGGUGGCUUUCAACGGCAGCUCACUUGUUUGA